AUGAUAUGCGCGUACGCAGGCGAGGAGAGUCCUCCGGUGCCGCUGUGGCCCGGACGCAAGACACCUCCAGUGCUGGCCAAUGACAACUUGGCGUUUACUACCGAUUACGAUCUCGAAAUGUUGCACCAUUUUAUUAAAGUCGUCGGUCCAGAUAUGUACAGCAGGAGAGCUCUAGACAUGCAAUCAAUCGACAUCUGGAGCCUAGCCCAAAGUGUUCCUCACGUAAUGCACGCCGUCCUGGCGGCCUCCGCCCUCCACCUCAAUACCACAUCCAACAAGCCCCUGCACGCUCUCAUCGAAACCGGUCACUGGGUCCACGCCUCCUCCUCCUUCCGCACCGCCCUGUCCAAAAUGACAUGGCACGCCAACCCCGAUCCCCUCAUCACAUCAUGCAUCCUCCUCAAUCUCCUGUCUUUUGCGCACGUUGACGUACACGCACCCGCAACAUCGCGGUGGCCGCUCGCUCCCGACAUCCCUGGUGCUGAUCCGCUGCAGUGGUUCAGUGUACAGCUAGGGUUAAGUCCACUACUCACGGGUCUGAGUGCUCGCACAAAGGGUGAGAGUAUCUGGCAACCCCUCUUCAUCGCGUCAAAUCACACAUGUCUCUACGAUGAGCGGGAUGGGACAGUCGGCAUCCCUUCAUCAUGGUGCCAGCUUUUCGGCAUAACAGACACCUCCAGAAUAGAAGAGCACAUUUACCUUCGACUUGUCCGCCGCAUCACUCUCCUCCGCUCUAUCUACGACAGCCUCGAAUUCACACACGAAGUAUCUGGUCUCCCCGGUUGUCCUGAUCACGAUAUCAAUGCAGUCAAAUACCUCCAAUCCUCUCACGAUGCUAUUGUAUGUACAUUGGAUGGCGAUGUUAUGCGCCGUGAAGCACUGGUGGUGUUGGCCUAG